AAGAAACAAAAAAAAAAAAAACAAAAGCUGAAUAAUUUGAAAAUUUACUCAUUAAACAUUGCUGUGGAUUGGUUUUAUUCACCUUACUAUAACAAUUGGAUAAUCUCAUAAUUAUGAAGUUGACUCACAUUACCUGUCUUCUAUUGUGUCUGCUGGGCACGCAUACCUUUGGUGGGGUCAGGGCGGAUGACGAAAGCUCAACGGAGACCAAUGAGAUCAUACCACGCGAGGCCAUACAAAAAUUAGAUAUAUCUGUAAGAAAAGCCCUACUACGUGCCAUAGAUAAGCUGGAGCAAGAAGCCCAAAAUGAAAAUGACGAAAACGAAGGUGAGCUAGAGAGUGAAGGCGGAGAGGAGGAUGAUGAGGUGGCCAACACUACUAUUCCCUCAAGUAUAGACAUACAACAAGGCUCAACCGCUACACCCCCCACGACGGAGACUAAAGAUGAAAUUCUGGAGGAGAGCACCAAUGCUGCGGAUGUUUUUCCUUCAGUACAGUUCUUCACCGCCACCUACGAUGAGAACAAUGCUCGGGAGCAACCUCUAUCAGCCUUUAUAGACAAAACCAAAGCCCUCAGAAAGAAUCCGAAGCACAAUCUGGGGUCACCGGUCGUAGUGAAUACAAAUGCGGGCGAAAACUCCGCCGAUAAUCAUCAGGCAUCCCGUAGUGUUGGCAACAGCUUGCAGACCAAUGAAAUUUCUUCAAAUACCUUUGAUGAAAUCAAAUUUGAGAUUCGCAAUUCAAAACACAAUCAGAAAUCGGCAACAACUACGACCACCACCACUACCCGUAGGCCCAGAACAACUACCACAACGACAACCACCACCACAACUACCCCCCGACCCACACACAAUGAGGAUGGUGAAAAUAUUGAAGUUGUAGAUAAGAAUGACAUUCGCAUACAAGCAGCUCCUCUGGUGACUGCCUUUACGGUAAAUUUGGACGAAUCGGGAUCACCCAAACAUGUCGUACCCAUUUUGGAUGCUGUCCAACCCACUGUGGGCAAACUAUUGGCAAGCACCACUCAAAAGAGUACGGAUUCAUUAUUUCAAUCGAAUGCUCGUUAUGAACCCACCAUAACUAAGCUGAAUGUUUUACAAACAGAUGUACCAAAAGUAGCCCUUUCGAAUCCGGCACCCACACAAUCGACAUUUAGUUCAUCGACUUCAGCCGCAAAUACAUUUUCGAAUAUUUUACCUACUUCUGGUCACUAUAUAACGAAACAACCAUUGACCUCAGGUUUGAACCAACAGCCACUCAAUAAUCACAACAACUAUUUGGUGGAGAAACAACGCGAAUUGGAACAACAAAUCUAUCAAUUAAAGCUGCAGGCCCAACAACAGCAAGAACUGAUACUGCGACAGCUAAAAUUACUUGAGGAACAGACGCGACAACGCAAUGCACCAUCAAUCAAUGCACAACAGCAGAUACAGCUUAACCAACAGCAGCAGCAGCAACAACAACAGUUGCCACUAACACAACAUGAUUCUAGUUUUACAAUUCGACCCUCCGUUGAAUUCAUACCGAGUACCCAAACGAAAAUCUCACCUGUAUUUCCCACCUUUCCACAGGAUCAACAGCUACCAUUGAGGGAAUCUAAUGGCAAAUACAUACAAGGAGUCAAUAAUAAGAACUUCCAAUAUUCUAGCAACUCUCUACUGACGGCAACCUCACAUCAGCAACAAUUACCAGCGGCCAAUAAUCCCAUACAACAAAUCUUUCAUAAUUUGCAACAAAAAAUACAAGCACCUCAGCAGCAAACAGGAAAUUCGCAAAGCAUCUCCAGCAUUUCAAGCAUACAAAUCCAGCCCUCAAACCAAUUAAGUAUUGUGCCCACAUUUGCUCCCUCAUUGCCACAGCCGCCGGCAGAACUCUCCCUGGUCCAGGCCUUGCCGCAGAGAAAUUAUCAACAAUUCCAGCAAAAUGCCCCACUCAUACCGCAGUAUGUAACAAAUGCCAUAUUAGAGCGCCAGCAGGAGCAACAGCAAGCAAACUCGCAGCAGCAUAGAUCGCGUUAUUUCCGUCAGGAAGCAGAUACAGGAAAUUUUGGUUUGAAUCAAAUACAAUCAACGAAUUCCAAUAACAUUUUUGCCCCAUUUAAUCAACAGCAACAACAACAACAGCUCAACACUUUUGAUAGUCAAAAUUUCUAUAGGCAGCACUUGAGUCCGGACAUUAGCAAUCAAUUGCAACAGAAUGCCCAACAAUACUAUCAGCAACAACAGCAGCAACAAUCCCCUCAAACAGCUCUUAAUCAUGGCAUUAACAACUUUGCACCGCAACAGUCAGCCGCCUCCUCGCUGGCAUCGACGGCACGUUUCAAUAGCAAUAUCUUCUGAGGUCUGGCACAAAACACCUAAAUCUAAAUCUUCCCUGAGCACUCACAAAGCAAAAUGCACUCGAAAGGAUAGAACACAUCGUUCUGAAUACCAGGGUCAAUUUUUCAUCUUCAAACCUUCAGGGCUUAGCUACAGUGUGACUCACUCGUCUUUGGCACUUUGUAUUAUAAACACUGCCUACUUUCUUCACGCUCCACGUCUACUGCAAUCUAUUCUCUACUGUGACACUUUGCAAUUUUUUAUAUUUUUUUUUUUUUUUUAAAUGCACAUUCCACAAAUAUAUUUCUAAGAAAUUAUGAUUUUUUUGUUCUUUUCUUCUCUGAAUUUUAAGAAAUUUUUUAAAAUUAAGUUUGCUUUGAUGUUGUACAAUUAAGUUGAGUUAUCCACAACGAACAUGUUUUGU